AUGAAGGCUUUUGUAUUUGCGUGUACCAUCGACACCUUCAAAUGCAAAAGCUUUCAUUGCAGUUUUGCCGCUCUUACAAAGAACCAUUCAUUGCGUACCAAUUUGUACUGUUUAGAAAAAUUCCAGGUAUGUCAUUAUAGAAUUUACACAAUUGAAAAUGAUAGUCCUGAGGUGAGAUCUAAGUAA